UAUAUUUUAGUUUCCUUAUUUAUUCAAAUAACAUAUAUUUUUCUGUUUCAGUUAUUGUUCUCAUUUCCAUUCCCACUACUCAAACUGCACCUUCAUGGCGUCCCUCACUCCCGGCGUCCUCUCCAAGCUCCUAGAGAAUGCCGGCAGCAAGGUAACCGCCGCACACCGCCAGGCCCUUCUCCAGGUCACGGAGAUCGUGCCGCGUCUCUCCUCCACCUCCGCCCUGCAGACCCGCGGCUACUUCAUCAAGCUCUCCGACUCCCUCCACUCCGCCUUCGUCUCCGUCCCCGACGACGACGCCCACCUCAUCUGCUCCGACAAGCUUCAGCUCGGCCACUUCGUCUACAUCACCCGCCUAGACCGCGCCUCCCCCGUCCCCAUCGUCCGCGGCCUUACCGUCCUCCCCAAGCGCCAUCCCUGCGUCGGCAACCCAACCGAGCUCCUCCCCGGCGCGUCCCUCCACGCGCUCCAGAGCCAGACUGAGGAGGUGAAGAAGAGGGUCGCUGAGAAGAAGGUGGAGACGAGGAGGUUGAGUUUGGACUCUGCGAGAAGGGUCUGGGAUCAUAGCCCUGUUCGCAAGGAGAAAACCGGUUCUGCGAGUUCCGGUGGUGGUAAACUCAAGCACAAGAAAUCCAACCCCACUUCGCCUAACGUGAUAGACAAGAAGCUUUCUACUAAAGCUGAUUCUCCGCUAAAAUCUCCAACUUCUAGUGUCUCACCCUUGAAGAAAGAAAACGAGAAUCUGUGUCCAAAAUCAUUGACAAACACUCCUCUGAGGAAGAGUACUGGCAGUAGGUCACCCUGUGGUGGCACUGUUCAUACCCAACUAGUAAAGGUUCCCCUCAAUUUCAAGACUUGGUCUUACGAUACUCCUGAAUCUUGGGAUGAUCUCUCACCCUCCAUGUGUGAUCUUGCAAAGCAAGUUGUAGGUCUUAGAAAUUUUACUUUUUUGGUGGCUGUGCGGUCUCUUGAAGAAGCAUCUGCUACAGAUACUGUGAUCCAAUGCAUGUGUUUAGGUGGACAGCCCGACAAAUAUACAUCUACAGGAAUUAGCUUAUCUACGCCUCGAAUAGUACUAUAA